CUUACAUUACUUUUUCUUUUUUUAAUAUAUUUUUUUGUGGUGAUAUUUUCAGGAGGAACUUGACAAAGAGCAAAUUGCCAUUCUGAGGAAAGCUUUUGAGGCUUUCGAUCAUGAGAAGAAGGGCUGUAUAGGUACCGUGAUGGUGGGCACCAUCCUUGGCAUGUUGGGACACCAAGUCACUGAUGAUACUCUUAAAGAAAUUAUAGAAGAAGUCGAUGAGGAUGGUUCUGGUGAAUUGGAGUUUGAGGAGUUUGUUACAUUAGCAUCAAGAUUUAUGGUUGAGGAAGAUGCUGAGGCUAUGCAACAGGAACUCAAAGAGGCAUUCCGGUUAUACGAUAAAGAAGGUAACGGCUAUAUUACAACCGCUGUCUUAAGAGAGAUCCUUAGAGAAUUAGAUGACAAAAUUAGCGCCGAAGAAUUAGACAUGAUGAUUGAAGAAAUUGACUCCGAUGGUUCUGGAACCGUUGACUUUGACGAGUUCAUGGAGGUGAUGACCGGUGGUGAUGACUAAACGUGGCUAUAAAAAAGUUUGUGAUAUCUAUAUCAAUUCAUACAAAAUCAAAAUCCAUAAGAGAAACCAUGUAUACAUAUUAUCACCAAUGUACCUUCAUAUAUUACCAUAGCCAUAUAAAUAUCCAAAUUAUAUAAGUUAAUUUAUAUUAUUACUUUAAUUAAUAUAAGACAUAAUUAUUA